AUGUAUCUACCAAAGCAGGACAGAAAGGAGGUUUACCGCCUUUUGUUUCCUGUUCAAUCCAGAAAACUUGAUUUGCCAGCUGCUGCUCUAUCAGCAGCUCGGGAAAGAGAUUUUGAGCUGCGGGGCUAUGGAUUUGAAGCUGCUCCAGAGCAAUUGAGAAGGCCGCGUAUUGUUCGAGUAGGACUGGUACAAAAUAAAAUUCCACUUCCCACAGACACAGCCGUGGCAGUCCAGGUGGCUGCACUGCACCGACGAAUUGAGGAGAUUGUGGAAGUAGCUGCAAUAUGUGGGGUCAACAUAGUUUGUUUCCAGGAGGCUUGGACCAUGCCCUUUGCUUUUUGUACAAGAGAGAAGCUUCCUUGGACGGAGUUUGCUGAGUCAGCAGAGGAUGGGCCAACAACAAAAUUCUGCCAAGAGCUGGCAAAGAAAUACAAUAUGGUUGUGGUGUCUCCAAUCCUGGAGCGAGAUGAAAUACACGGGGAAACUCUGUGGAACGCUGCAGUGGUCAUUUCUAAUUCUGGAGCUGUCCUUGGCAAAAGUAGGAAGAAUCACAUUCCGAGGAUUGGAGAUUUCAAUGAGUCUACUUACUAUAUGGAAGGAAAUACAGGACACCCAGUGUUUCAGACACAGUUUGGAACAAUUGCUGUGAAUAUCUGCUAUGGGCGCCAUCACCCUCUGAACUGGCUCAUGUUUAGCAUGAAUGGAGCAGAGAUCAUCUUUAACCCUUCAGCCACUAUUGGAAUGCUCAGCGAGUCCCUGUGGCCAAUUGAAGCAAGAAAUGCUGCCAUAGCUAAUCACUGCUUUACCUGUCCCAUCAACAGGGUAGGAACGGAAUACUACAAAAAUGCCUUUACUUCCGGAGACGGUGGAAAAGCACACCAUGACUUGGGCCAUUUUUAUGGCUCAAGUUACGUAGCGGCACCAGAUGGCAGUAGGACCCCCGGACUCUCUCGCACUCAGGAUGGACUUUUGGUGGUAGAGAUGGACCUAAAUCUUUGCAGACAAGUCAGUGACAAGUGGAAUUUUAAGAUGACUGGUAGAUAUGAAAUGUAUGCAGCCAAGCUCAGUGAAGCAGUCCAGCCUUAUUUUAUACCCAAUAUCAUCAAAGAGUAGGAAGGAGCAUCUCAUUACAAUCAAAUCUCACAUAACGAAUUAAAAGGUACUGUUGGAUGAUAGCUUUACUGUGGAUCACAAGUUGUUGUUUUAAUGUUGUCAUUUUAAUUUCCUG